ACCAGACGACGUCCCCGACCCCGACAGGAAGCCAUGGGCAAGCUCAACAUCCUGCAGCACAAAAGCUGGCAUGUGUACAGCCGAGAAAACCAGGAACGGGUUCGGCGGGACGAAGAAAAUGCCCGCAUCGAGGAAGAGGAAAAGCAGCGUCGUAUCGAUCAAGCGGAGCAGGAGGUCCGACUCAAGAUCCUGCGGGAGCGAGCCAAGCGACGGCGGCUGGACACUGGCGAAGAGCCCGAGACCGAUCCGAGCGUCGCCGCAGAACAAGAGGCGCCGGGACCCCUCAAUCUGUUUCCAGAUGCCGAGAAGCCAGAGCUGGGCUUGAGCUCGGAGAGGCGGAAGGGCAAGGACAGAGCAGAGAAGAACCGGGACGACAAGAGGCAUGCCCCCUCUGGCAGCUCUGCUUCCUCGGAUUUUGCUGUUGCGACGCCGUGGUACGCCAAGUCCAAAGGGGAUCAGACUCUAUCGCGAUCAGAGGACAAGAAGGAUCGUCUCCCAGAAGAGUCGGAGCGGCGAAGGAAGCGCAUCCAGCCCGAGGCCGAGCGCGAAGAUCCCAUGUGGCUCAUGAACCAAGGACAAGCUCGGUUGGACCAAAUCAAGAGCAAAUCCAAAUCCCGCUUGCUGGAGAGACGGACGCAGGCUCUGGUGAGGACCGCUGGAUCUCGCAGUUCCCACGGCAAGUCAUCGAGCUCACGGGGCGAGUCCAAAAGACAUGGUCCACGGCACAAUCCCACACCGCCUGGCACCAGUCGUGAUAGCCACGCCGACGGCAGCAGCAGCAGCAGUAGCAGCAGCACAAUCGAACGCCUCCGAGCUGAGAGGCUGGCCCGAGAGCAGGCCGAGAAGCAUAAGGCCGAGCUUCUGCUGAAUCCGGGGGCGGUCCUGGGCAUCGAGACGAAGCGGCACAUUGAGGAUACCCACUACUAUCACAACCAGUUCAAUCGCAACCAUGGCGACAUCAGGCGCCGGCACUAGACCGAGAUCCUGCCAAGCCGGGGUCAUGGCAGUUUGUCGGCGAGUUGUUCUUGCCCGUACAACGACAUCCGCACCGCUUGACGGGCAACACGGCCAGUUUUGGAUUCGAUUUGACGAUCGGCUCGGAGGUCCUGCAGCAGGACCGCCAGG